UGGCUACAACUCACUGCUGAUACCUACUGGUACAAUGUUAGACGAGUAUUUGCCCUCUUUUUACUGUGUAUAUAUAUGCCCUUUCCUCUAUACAGGCUUAGCAUAAUAAAAGCUCUCCUCUUCUAAUAGAAUUAUUUUAGUUAUUGAAGAUCUUUCCACAUGUUUUGGCAGUAGUUUUCCCCUUACAUCUUACAUGAAAUUCUGCAGCAGUAGAGUGACCGACAUAUGAAUUGGAAGUUACUGGUUUUGAUCAUAAUGCUGAACAUAAUACCGAUGCAACCAUCCUGGAGGGUUACAGUAGGCAUGAGAAAUGCUGGAUAUGUCAAGCCGGAGAUUUUUUAUUUUCAUAAAAAAUGUUGUCGAAGCUGCUACUCCCCGUUGCCCGAGUAUCUCCCUCCUGCCUGCCCCUUUUUCUUCUUCGUUCAUUUUUUUUUAAAUUGCAAGAUAAAAAAAACCAAUAGAUAAUGGAACAAAGUGGCCAUUUUAGCCAUAACUCUCACAACGCUUACUCUGUACGAUCACCAUCAAUUUCUUCUCCACGAGUCUAUCCUGGCUUCUAUUCUCCGGCACCAAGUGUAUCGCAACAACACUUACAACCUAUGGCCAUCCCAGAGGGUAAUAACAGCGGCAUAAUUAUGCAUGGUGGAACUUCUGCACCCAAUUUUCGUAAGGCAGCUGCUUUAAUGCAACAGCAGCAGCAACAGCAGCAGCAAUUGUAUACGCCACAGCAACAACGAAAACGUUCGUCGAUAGUAUCCGACACCUACUCGCUUAAAUCUAGUAAUAAUGUUUAUGUAGCCAAUCCUGCAAUCCACGAUAAUGUCCCUCCUAUGCCAAGCAUCCAGACUUGUUAUCGGUCACAACAUCAUCAACGGCGUCUACAGCAGCAACAGCCUCCUACUGGUUCAUUUCCUCAAACGACAACAGCAGCAACAACGGAUAGCUGGAAGUUGGGCGGUGGGGGGCGAGGUCCACGACGUACGAAAAAAGUACCACUUUUCCAAGGCAACUUGAUACUGGACUGUCCUGCCCCAACACGAUUACUGGAAGCUAGUGCACGUAAAGAUGCAGAAUUCAACCAUAUGCGUUAUUCUGCAGUAACCUGCGAUCCCGAUGAUUUUGCAGCUUGUCAUUAUACGUUACGACCGGCUUUAAUGAAGCGACAAACGGAACUGUUUAUAGUAAUGACCAUGUACAAUGAAGAUAGAGAACUCUUCUGCCGUACCAUGCAUGGUGUUAUGAAGAACAUUGCGCACCUAUGUUCCCGAACACGAUCGCCCAUGUGGGAUACUGAAGGGUGGAAGAAAGUGGUGGUGUGUAUAGUAGCAGAUGGCCGUAAAAAAUGCGAUCCAGCAGUAUUGGAUGUGCUGGAAACCAUGGGGGUAUAUCAAAAAGGUGUUGCGAAAAACAUGGUUAACGACAAGCCAGUCAAAGCUCAUCUCUAUGAGUAUACAGCGCAAAUAUCGGUGGACUCGGAGAUGCGAAUUAAAGGUGCAGAAAAAGGGAUCAUUCCAGCCCAAAUUCUGUUCUGUCUCAAGGAGCAAAAUGCCAAAAAAAUCAACUCCCAUCGAUGGUUUUUUAACGCAUUCGGAAAGAUACUACAGCCGAAUGUAUGUGUAUUGCUGGAUGUUGGCACACGCCCCGGUAACACGUCUAUAUACCAUAUCUGGAAAACAUUUGAUGUCAAUGCCAACAUUGCAGGCGCUUGUGGCGAGAUCCGCGUGCAAACUAAAGGUGGUGUCGCCUUGCUUAAUCCAAUUGUUGCUGCACAGAAUUUCGAGUACAAGAUGUCCAAUAUUCUAGAUAAGCCAUUAGAAUCCGUCUUUGGCUAUAUCUCUGUUCUUCCUGGUGCUUUUUCAGCAUACCGAUACGCUGCGCUACAAAAUGACUGUCAUGGCAAUGGACCGCUACAAAAAUACUUUCUGGGUGAACAUGGUGUUGACGCAACCUCGGAUAUAUUUACAGCCAAUAUGUAUCUCGCUGAAGACCGAAUCCUCUGUUACGAGCUUUUAGCUAAAAAGCAUGAGAAAUGGGUAUUGAAAUAUGUCCAGUCUGCAUUCGGUGAAACAGAUUGCCCUGAUCAGCUGCCUGAAUUCUUGUCCCAGCGCCGACGUUGGCUGAACGGCAGUUUCUUUGCUGCUAUCUAUUCGACUUGGCACUUCUCGAAAGUCUGGAGUACUCGUCAUACGGUGUGCAGAAAGAUUCUUUUGACGGUCCAGUUUGCCUUUAACUUUGCAAACUUGCUUUUUAGCUGGUUAGGCAUGGCAAACUUUUAUCUAACAUGCUACUUCAUAAGCAAGUCAUUGACAACACCGGAUAUGGAUCCGUUGAGCAAUGGAUGGGGAAAUCGCGUUUUUCAAACUGUCCAAUACCUGUAUUUCUUUCUGUUCAUUGUAUCAUUUAUAUGCUCGAUGGGUAAUCGGCCUCAAGGCUCAAAGUGGAUGUUUGUGGUUUCAGUACUGGCAUACGCAUUGAUUAUGGCUUAUACUAUAUUUGCAGGCGUCUGGCUUAUGCAUAAAAGCAUCAUCAAGGGUAUGCAGACGGAAGGAUGGAGCCACGACAACAACUUUAUCAUCAACUUUGGGAUUCUCCUCGGUCGACCGGAAUUUCGAAACAUUAUCAUCUCCAUGGCAUCUACUUAUGGACUUUACGUACUUUCAAGUCUACUUUAUCUGGAUCCUUGGCAUAUGUUAACCAGUUUCAUCCAGUAUCUCCUUUUACUACCGACUUAUGUCAAUAUUUUAAACGUUUAUGCGUUUUGCAAUACGCAUGAUGUCAGUUGGGGUACAAAGGGUGAUAAUGCAAUGUCAAUGGACCUUGGUGUAGCAAGUAAAGCUGUUGAUACGGAAAAGGGCAUUGAAGCUGUUGAAGUUGAGUUGGAGGAUGGUCAAGAUAUGAUCAAUCGACACUAUAAUGAAGCACUCCAAAACCUGCGAACGAAACAAGAUCCGAUCACUCAGAGUCGGCCACCUCAUAUGAAACAAGAUGACUAUUAUCGAGGGUUCCGUACGAGACUUGUACUGGCAUGGAUUGGCUGUAAUGCGCUCCUUGUUGCAUUCGUAACAAGUGGAGGUUUACAAUCGCUUGUUUAUAGUGGUGACGACACUGCGUCGAUCGAAGAAUCACAACAACAAGUAUCCAUGGCUUACACGGGGUUUAUCCUUUGGGCAGUGACCAUGAUGUCGGCGUUUCGGUUCUUUGGAAGUGUACUAUAUGUUUUACUUGGCUGUUUUCAGCUUUAAAAUUAAGGUGCGACGAUCCUCCACACAUCCGGCUUUAUGUUUUAAGUUAGAGGGACGGCUUUGUCAUUGGCGUAGUUUCUCCACAAUCAUUUGGCUCAAUGCGUAUUUUUGCUUCAUCGAAAUAGAGGGUUUGCUGUAUCGAGUUAAAAUUGUCUAUUAGAAAGAAAAGAAAGGCGAUAAAAACAUCUUAUCUUG